AUGGUGGCAAUGGUGAAUCUCGCUAAUACCAUGGAAGCUAAUGCUGCUACAACUCUGCAAGUUAUGCAGAGAUUGGGCCAACCGAUCGGGAAUGGAAAUGGCAACGGAAACGGCAAAGGGAAUGCCAAUGAUAAUGCUGAGGGUAACAGCGAUAACAUGGGAGGAGUUCCGAUGACCUUGGUGACAUUCCUCAAGGUUCAUCCGCCAACAUUCCGAGGAUCCAUAAAUCCUACUGAAACGGAUCACUGGUUCCAAGCCAUGGAGCGUGCUUUACAGGCGCAACAUGUUCCACACAAUCAGUAUGUCGAGUUUGCCGCUUACCAGCUAGCGGGAGAGGCCCAGCCCUUGUGGCAAGCUGAGUGUCACUUGCUACAGCAACAGAACGCUGAUGUUCUGUGGGAUGUGUUCCGAACGGCCUUUUACAAGAAGUACUUCCCUGAGUCCGCAAGGAAAGCGAAGGAGAUGGAGCUAAUGCGGCUGAAGCAAGGUUCCAUGUCUGUGGCUAAGUACACCAAUAAGUUCAAAGAGCUUUGUAGGUUUUCUAGGGUGUGUCAGGGUGACCCGGAGACUUUCGAGAGUUGGAGAUGUAUUAAGUACCAGAGGGGUUUAAAGGAUAACAUUAUGACUGUUGUGGCUCCUUUGGAGAUCCGUGUCUUCUCUGACUUGGUGAACAAGGCUAGAGUAGUGGAAGAGUAUGCCAAGACCGUGGUGGCAUCCAAGGACACUCAUGGAGGAAGCUCUAGUCGGGGGCGUGGCAAGUUGCUUGGCCACAUUGCAAGGGAUUGCACUCGUGGAAGGAAUCAGAAUGCGGGCCAGAGUCAGCAUCAAGGUCGACUCUUUGCUGUGAAUGCCAAGGAUGCUUCCAAGGCGGAUCCGUUGAUGAGAGGUUAUGUUUGUAGACAAGUAGGUUUCAAGCUUGAGGGUAGAGACUUUGUACACGAUUUGAUCUGUUUACCAAUGGUGGGGCUAGAAAUGAUUUUGGGAUUUGAUUGGUUGUCAAAGAAUCGGGUUUUGUUGGAAGGAGAGAAUGGAGCAGUGGUAGCUACAGGAUAUUACCUGAACUCUAUUCCGGUGGUUAGAGAUUUUCUAGAAGUAUUCCCGAAAGAUAUCCCUGAGUUCCCACCUCAAAGGGAAAUUGAAUUUGCAAUUGAAUUGGUGUCGGGAGCCGGACCAGUGUCGAUUGCGCCAUAUAGAAUGGAUCUGAUAGAGCUGGCAGAAUUAAAGACUCAGUUGGAAGAACUUCUGAACAAGAGGUUCAUUCGACUGAAUGUAUCACCGUGGGGAGCGCCAGUUUUAUUGGUAAAGAAGAAAGAUGGAGGAAUGCGUUUGUGUGUGGAUUACCGACAGUUGAACAAAAUAAGGGUGAAGGAGGAUGAUAUCCCUAAGACUACAUUUAGGACACGCUAUGGACACUACGAGUUUGCGGAACGGAAGUUGUAUGCUAAAUUGUCAAAGUGCGAGUUCUGGAAGGAGGAAGUAAAGUUCUUAGGCCACGUGGUGAGUAAAGGAGGAAUAGCUGUAAAUCCUUCUAAGGUAGAAGCGGUGAUGGAAUGGGAAAGACUGACGACGGUGAUGGAAACGUCGGAGUGUGAAGAGAGUUUUCAGACCUUGAAGCAGAAGUUAACUUUAGCACCUGUUUUAAUCCUACCGGAACUGCAUGAACCGUUUGAAGUAUAUUGUGAUGCUUCUUUGAAGGGUUUGGGUUGCGUGUUGAUGCAACACCAGAACGUGGUGGCUUACACAUCGCGUCAACUAAGACCGCAUGAGGCAAACGUGGUAGCUGAUGCUUUGAGUCGGAAAUCUUUAACAAUUGCUUGGAUGAGAAUCAAGGAAGAAGAGAUAGUGGAUAAGUUUGUGGAUCUUAAGCUGGAUAUUAGUGAAGUGGCCGGAAGAGCAUGUUUGAACCAGUUACAGAUCUCAAGCACGCUUAAAUCAGAAAUACAAAAGGCUCAGCAAGAUGAGCAGAAGCUACAGCAAUUGUUUCAACCAGUUGGUGAUAAGAGGUGUGAGGAAUUCACUAAGGAUGAUGAAGGGUUAUGGAGGUACAAGGGAAGGAUUUGUAUACCGGAUGUUGGGAGUGAAGAACGAAAUUCUGGCAUGAUCUAG